CAGCUAGGAUUUUACAAAUAUGUACCGGAGACCAAGGAAGAUCUCGACUGGGCAGACCUCGUCACCGUUGAUCUGAGUUUGUACGGUACUGCCAAAGGCAAGAAGCAGCUUGCAAAGACACUUAUCGAGGCCCCAGCUGUGAAGGGGUUCUUCUAUGUCAAGAACUUCAAUAUAUCCCCGGAGCACAUCGAUCGACAGUUCGCCCUUGGUAAACAGUUCUUUGAGCUACCGGUGGAGGAGAAAUCUGCUUAUACACCCGACAUGGGCAACGGCAAAGUCAACGGCUACAUCCCUGCCAGUCGCAAAAUUAUCAAUGUUGACACGGGGACGAGAGACCGUACGGAAAUGUAUAACAUUCCAAAGUUCAAUGGCUAUUUCCCCCAAGUGCAUCCGCCAGUGGUGGCUGAGAACCUCAAGGAAGUCGAGGAAUUUGCUAGGUCUCUCCACAGUGAAGUCUUGGACCCUCUGUUUGUUUUACUAGCCAUCGCCCUGGACCUUCCCAAAGAUGUGUUCACUAAUAUCCAUAACUACGAGGAAAAAAGCGAGGAUCAUCUGAGAUACAUGAAAUAUUCGAAAUUCACCAAAGAAAAAAAUAGAAAAAUAAUGAACUGGUCGUAUGGACAUACAGACCUUGGCAGCUUUACGCUUCUUUUCCGUCAACCAGUUGCCGCACUUCAAAUUCUGUACCAUUCUAUUGAUGAAUGGAAGUGGGUCAAACCCCAGGAUGCUACUCUCACAGUAAAUUCCUGCGACGUACUCUCAUUCUUGACAGGAGGAUAUGUCAAGAGCACAACUUUGGCGCCAUUUCUUAAUGCAUUGCCUUCUAGGAUGACUGUUCCUCCCAAAGACCAGCAGCAUGUUGAUCACUUGGGGCUGCUUUACUUCUCCAGGCCUCACGACAAUGUUACCCUUGCAACUGUCAAGAACUUGCAAGUGCUAGAGUGGGAAGGGCACUCUCAGAAUCAGUUUGAGUCGAGCGGGAACAAGGUACUGACUAUGGAAGAGUGGACCUUUGCCAAGCAAACAUGGCAAAGGGCCAAAGGAAGUCGAACUGGAGAAUUCAGUACAGCAACUAUCCUUCUGGGUUUCAAAGAACAAGUCUACGUGUAGCUGACUACCACGGCAUAGAGGAAAAAUCUAAUCAAUUUUGGUCCUUAG